CCCCUUAGUUAUAACUGGCAAAAAGAAUUCGCACUAGCUUUUCACGAUUCCAUCGCUAAGUCAUUUCCGGAUAUAGUAGCACAUUUUGCAGAUCAGUAAUCAGUUAACUAGUACUACAGUACUACACAUUAGUUAUCAGAUCAGACUUUCAUUUUCCUCGAUCUGCUUUUUAUUUCAGUUUCUUGGAAGUACCUAGCUAGCUACCUUACUCUCUUCAUCAGAAGUACUAGUUCGAUCUCUGAUCAGUGCCUGUAGCUUCGACUGAACCGUUUCUUGUAGUACUUAAAUGCGGAAAGAUCGAUCAAGAUCGAGCUGAAAAUUGAUAAUGGAUUGUGUUAAGUUGAGGUUUGGAAGAGAAGAAGAUUUAACCGAUAUUUCUCCAUGGACUGCAAAGAACUUUACAUGUAGCUUUUGCAAGAGAGAAUUCAGGUCUGCUCAAGCUCUUGGGGGUCAUAUGAAUGUCCAUAGGAGAGAUAGAGCUAAACUGCGACUCCUACCACCUAACUCGAUCCUUUCUUCUUCUGAAUAUUCUCCUAACCCUACUCCUACUCCUAACCCUAACCCUAACCCUAACCCUAAGUCUUACUUCUCUCCGUCGCCAUCAUCAUCAUCUCUUUCAGGAGCUAAUAAGUACUUACCGCACUUGCUCUCUCCUCGGAGCACUUAUGUGUCCACACCUUCCUCAGGUACUUCAGAUCAUGAAAACAAGAAACUGAUGAUAUUCGACAGCGGCUCUCAUCAACAUCAUGUUCCUGCUUUCCUUAAUCCUAAGAAAAGAAUCAAGGGAGGCAGUGGUCUUGAUUAUGAGUUUGGAGAUUUACUCAAUGGUUUUGCUGGGAAUGCACAAAAACAUCAUCUUAAUGAUGAUUUCAAGGUUGUGAGGAAAGAUGAGAAGCAUAUCAACAUGAUUAGGGUGGAUUUGGACAUGGGGUUGCUGAUUAAAGAUCCAAACAAGGAGGAACUGGAUUUGGAACUUCGACUCGGGCAUCUGUAGCUAGAUAAGUGCAAGAUCUUCACUGCUUAUUUGCUAAGCGGGAUUUUUAUAUCCAGUAAGUUAAUUUAGAUUUUAAAUUUAGCUUCUCUAUAUUCAUAAUCUGCGGUUUACUUUUCAAAAAGUGAAAUUUGCUAUAUGUCUUAGCUAGGCAUAUUCACAGAAUUUCUUUGCUAAUUUCUUCUCUCAGUAUGUGAAUGAGAGCGAGAAAUGCUUUAGUUAAACGUUGAAUUUUUAUGAUAGAUUACUAA